AGCUAAGUCCUUUGUAGGCUCUCUCAGGCUCGGCUCCAGAAUGAAUCAGAUGGGGGAGCAUUUGGUUUCCUCAAGGGGGCAUUUUGUAUAUAGCUGUUAUGGAAACGUAUCGCUAAAAUAAUGUGUGUGUUUGUGGGGGGGGAGCACAUCAUUCCAUUGGGGGGGGGGGGGCAUUGCCUGUCCCCUUGGAGUCGACCCUGGGCUCUCUCCUGUGACACUGGCCACCUGCCUCCAUCCAGUGGUGGAUUGUUGGACUGGCAGGCUCUGCUGCAGUGUGAAAGCACAGAGGCCCCUAUGAGAACGGAAGGUCAUUGUUCUUUUGUCAGUGAUAGAAUUGUUUGGAAAAGGAGGGAGGAGAGAGUGUGACGGAGGAGUAGGGUGAAGGAGAAGGAGACAUUUUCUGUGCGUAUUGGGAACUGUGAAGGGUCUUACAGAGAAUUAUUGUUUGAUUGUUUUGGAUUUAAGCAAAUCGGAUGGAGCUGCCACCUCGACCCAAACUUUAUGACUUCCAUGGAGUAUCCAUGACCAACUAUUUCACUGACAACUGGGACAAUGUGCAGAACUUCAAAGCCAGACCAGAUGAUAUUCUUAUAGCCACAUAUCCCAAAGCAGGAACCACAUGGGUGUCCUAUAUCCUGGAGAUGCUGUGCUUUGGUCACUCUGAGCGUCAGAACUUGGUCCCUUUGUAUGAGAGAGUGCAUUUCCUGGAGAUGCAAAUUCCCUCUUUCCCUUCAGUGGUUGAACUGAACAAGAUGUCUACCUCCCCUCGUCUCAUCAAAACUCACCUUCCUGUCCAGUUUAUCCCCAAGUCCUUCUGGGAGCAGAAAUGCAAGAUAGUGUAUGUGGCUCGUAACGCCAAGGACAAUGCAGUCUCCUAUUUCCACUUUGACCGUAUGAACAUGGCCCAGCCAGAGCCUGGAGACUGGAACAGCUUCCUGCAGAGAUUCAAGGAGGGAAAAAUGGUGUUUGGUUCCUGGUAUGACCAUGUGAUCGGCUGGUGGGAGAAGAAACAGAGUCACUCCAAGCUGCUUUAUCUGUUCUUUGAGGAUAUGGUGGAGGACACUGGUCGAGAGCUGGACCGUCUGUGCUCCUUCUUGGAGGUUUCUCCUUCAGCAGAGGAGAAGGACAACGUGAGAGAAAGAGUACAGUUUGACAACAUGAAGAAGAACAACAUGACUAACUACUCCACUGACACUGUCAUGGACUUCAAGAUCUCUCCUUUCAUGAGAAAAGGAAAGGUUGGAGAUUGGAAGAACCAUUUCACUGUGAAUCAGAAUGAACAGUUUGAUGAACACUAUCAGAAGAGGAUGACAGAAACAGAUCUUAAAUUUCGCACCACUAUAUAAGGCUGGCUCUUGCCUUUAUUAUUCAAAGUGCAGAAAAUAUAUCUAAGGAUAUUACAGUGGAUCAUGUCUACAUGUUAAUAUUGAUGAUUGAAAAAUCCAUUAAUGAAAUUAAUAAAGACUUUCCUGUACAACA